AUGGCAUUUAAGAUGCAGCAUGGGUUGUAUGAGUGGAUGGUCAUGCCUUUUGAACUAUCAAUUGUGUCUAGCAUCUUCAUGAUUCAAGAGGGGGCACCCAGUAGCUUUUUUAGUGAGAAGUUAUCAGGAUCAAAGAAGAAUUAUCCUGCCUAUGACUUGGAGUUAUAUGUCAUAGUUCAGUCUCUGAAGCAUUGGCAUUAUUACCCGGUACAGAGGGAGUUCAUUCUUGUUACUGAUCAUGAGGCCCUGAAUAUAUCAAUGGAGUUCACAUUUGCACUAAGGCACCAAGUUGGGAAUCUGAAUCGUGUCGCAGAUACAUUCAGCCAUCACACAUUACUCUUCACCACCAUGAGCACUAGAAUUGUAGGAUUUGAGGCAUUCCCUGAUAUGUAUACUAUAGAUCCUUCUUUCGGGAAAAUAAUUCAAGAGAUUAUUAGUGAACUUCAUAAUAAGGGACACUUUGGACGAGAAAAUACAUUGGCUUUGAUCUCUUCUGACUAUUAUUGGCCCAAAUUAAGUAGUGACGUAGCGCAUUAUGUAGGGUGUUGUUAUGUGUGUCAACGGUCCAAAGAAGCUCUCACUAAUGCGGGACUGUACACUCCUUUACCUAUACCUAAAGCCCCUUGGAUUGAUGUCAGUAUGAAUUUUGUAUUGGACUUACCCCGUACCCAGGGGGCGAUGGAUUUUAUUUUUGUCGUGGUUGACAGGUUUUUCAAGAUGGCUCAUUUUAUAGCUUAUCGGGAAACUAUGGAUGUUAUCUGGAUCGCCCAUCUUUAUUUCAGGGAGAUUGUCCUGCAGAAGAUCAAUGAUGAUGCCUACAGACUGCGUCUCCCCAGCCAUUUGAAGACUUCUAGUGAAGCACCUAAGUCCUUGUUUUGUGGGUUCCAAUGA